AGCAUGGCAAUUGUGUGAGAACAUAAGGCAACUAUUAUAUGCUAAAACAACUAAGGCUGUAUGGUUUGACUCAGAAAAAAAGAAACACGCUAUAUGCAGUAUUAUUAAUUAUACUGCUCAUUUAUGUUGUCACUUGGACACAAAGACCUAUCACAUCUGUCAAAGAAUAUUACACUCCCCUUACAAGCAAACUAUCUCCCUGUAUGGUUGAAAUCGAUUGCAAAAGAUUUUACCAUACAUGUUCAAACAGCGAUCGGAAGAAAUGUGUGAAAGAAGCCUUCCUAUUUGCAUGGACCAAUUACCACAAUUUUGCCUGGGGACAUGACCAUUUGAAGCCUGAAAGCAGAGGAUACGAUGACAGCCUAUUUGGUCUUGGUGCCACUCUUAUUGACAGCCUGACUUCACUUCACCUUCUUGGGUUUAAAGAAGAGCUAGCUGUUUCCAGGGCCUGGAUAGAGAAGUCAUUUGACCCAAAGAAGAGUUAUGGCAAGAUAAGUCUGUUUGAAGUAACGAUCCGACUGAUUGGCUCUCUCAUCUCCACUUAUCACCUCACUGGAGAUAAACUCUAUCUUGACAAGGCCAUGGAAAUCGGCAACAUCAGCAUGCAUUGUUUCAAAGACUCUGAAAUCCCCCACAUAGGACUGUCUCUCUCAGAGGGGACCUGUAACACCGACCAGGCUAAAGAGUGUCUUUUCGAAGACUGUAGCAACUCAGAGGCUUGCAAGUAUUAUUACUGUAAAGCAGAAAUAUCAGAGGUUGGCACGUUAGGUCUGGAGUUCCGCGCUCUCAGCGCAGCUUCUGGUGAUAUGAGAUACUGGAAGACGGUGAAUAAGACCAGUGACAAGUUAUUGGAAUACAAAACAUGGCAUGGACUUGUUUCUCGUUUUUUAUACAAAGAUGAAGGAAGGUAUGUGGAGUCAAGUGAUGUUGCCGCUGGACCAGGUGUUGACAGCUAUUACGAGUAUUUGUUGAAACAGUGGGUUCACAGUAAUUUCACUGCAACUAGAUUCAAAUCCCAGUACUUAAAGGCAGUGGAAGGUAUGAAGGAGAGGCUAAUGGUGUGGGUGCGACUACGGGGUCGGAGAGUAAGCGUAUUGGGACACCGCGCUAACAACGUCACUCUAUCUGCUGAUCUUCACCAUCUCUCCUGCUUCCUUCCCGGCACUCUCGCUCUCGGUCACUUUUAUGGAUUACCGAAGUGGCAUCUUGAUCUAGCGGAAGAAAUAAUGCAGAGCUGUUAUUACUUGUACACCACCCAACCCACAGGUUUAGCAGCUGAGUUUGUGAGAUUCCGGCCUGAAGGGGUGGAGGCCCUGUCUUCAGAGAAUCAUCUGCGGCCUGAAACUGUGGAGAGUUUGUUUGUGUUGUGGCGUAUUACGGGCAAUGAGAAGUACAGGGACAUGGCUUGGAACAUAUUUCAGGCGUUUGAGAGGGUUAGCAGAAACUGUAAUGGCUACACAGCAGUAUACGACGUAAGGGAUGUCCACACUGUCACUCUAGAUGUCACAGAGUCAUUCUUCUUAGCAGAGACUCUCAAAUAUUUAUACUUGUUGUUUGAGGACGAUGUUGAUGUUUUGUCGUUUGACAAGUGGGUUUUCAAUACAGAGGCUCACCCUUUACCCAUAUUUGAUGAUUUUCAGGGAUGGUAUUAAGGUCACGUUCUAAAUCGUGAACCUUGGUGUUGUUGAUUCAAUAUGUGAGAUGGUUCAGUUGCAUAGUAGUGUCCGAAUUGCACUGAUUCUAGCCCGAGUAGUGUUCGAAAGGGCGCCCUGUUUUGACAUACCUCCUGAGCCGGUACUCAUUUCCUCUCUGAGCUAGCUAGUGUAUAUCAGUUUCUUGUUGGUGUUUUGUCUGUGUUUGUUUGUCCGUAGUAGGAAUUUACUGUAACUUUGGAGACUGGGCGCAGUAAUGUCCCAGAGGGUUUGUAACAUCAUGGAUGCUGACUAAGCUUACCUGAUCCUCUCCAACUUGUAUUAGUACACUACUUCAUUCACACCAGUCAUUUCACUACAUUAAACUGAUUGAGAUUAUGCCCUUUGUACAUGCUGAAGCGAUAUGCUAUGAUGAGUGGAAUAUGAGUUAGGAUCAGUUUGGUCCGUUUCAUGGCAAAAACAUUUAUUGAUGUGAGAUGGAUAUGAUAUCACCGCAAUAGCCAUAUCAUUCAUACUAUUGUGCUCCAUUUCAAGACCAAAUUAAUGAUCCAACUUUUGUUAACUCAUUUUAGUAUGCGGUAUCGAAAAGGUUUUCCUUACAGUCAUGUUAACUUACAAGUAUUAUUUGUGUUUCAUUCCUAAGUUAUAUUAACAAUUAACAGUGAGCUUAUGUUCUA